UGGGGCUUUUCUUGCUUAAGUUUGUUAGAUUUAAUGGCAGAGAGCAAAAAGACAAAGAUCAGCUCGAGCAAGCUCUCAUUUGCUGGGAACCAGAGCAAGAAGGAAAAUGUCCCUUGGGUUACUGUAUUGCCUAAACCCUGGGCUUCUGCUGGUGCAUUCAUUAUGGUGAGAGGUGCCUGUAUGAAUACUGAUAGUCUGUGCGUGUCUGCUGGUGUUAGAUAGGACCCCGAACAAACCCGUGGGGGCUCCCACCUCCCGUGUUUGCAUUCUGUCUGAUUAACUUCUGCAGGGUGUGGGAUGGGGGAUCCUGGAGCCAACCGACUUGCAGACCUUUUCUGCUAUUUCCUCCUGCAGCUUUACAGACAACUACAAGAAAAGCAUUCUGAGGGCACUUGGGAUCUGAAUGCUCAACUGUGGAUCCCUUAAGUCAGGUGGAUUUAGGCAGACCCCAGGAAUCGGGUAAUCUCGGCCAGGACUCGGAAGCAAUGUCGCAACAACUCCUCUACCGUGCUCUGGUGUCUGCAAAAUGGCUUUCAGAAGCCAUCAAGUCCCAGCAAGCUGGUCUGGCCUUGAGGAUUGUGGAUGCAUCCUGGUAUUUGCCAAAGAUGAAGCGUGACCCGAAGCGGGAAUUUGAGGAGCGCCAUAUCCCUGGUGCAGUUUUCUUUGACAUUGACCAGUGCAGCGACCGUACUUCACCUUACGAUCACAUGCUGCCCAAGGCUGACGACUUUGCUGAGUAUGUGGGGAAGCUGGGUGUGGGGAAUGAUUCCCAUGUUGUGGUGUAUGAUGGCAGCGACCAAGGCCUCUUCUCAGCACCUCGGGUGUGGUGGAUGUUCCGGGCCUUCGGACAUGAAGCUGUCUCCCUUCUGGAUGGCGGCCUGAAGAAUUGGCAGCGAGAGGGGAAUGCGCUGAGCUCUGGCAAAAGCCAGGUAGCUCCCUCUGAGUUCCAUGCCUCCUUGGACAAGUCCCUGGUGAAAACCUACGAGGAUGUCUUGGAUAACUUGGAUUCCCACCGCUUCCAGCUAGUGGACGCGCGCGCUGCAGGACGCUUCCAGGGGGUAGAGCCAGAGCCCCGAGAUGGAAUUGAGCCUGGUCAUGUCCCUGGGUCGAUGAACAUCCCUUUCACCGAUUUCCUCACAGAGUCUGGCUUAGAGAAGACCCCUGAGCAGAUCCGCAGUCUGUUCCAGGAGAAGAAGGUGGACCUCUUAAAGCCAGUGGUAGCCACAUGUGGCUCUGGGGUCACUGCCUGCCACGUGGCUCUUGGGGCAUACCUCUGUGGCAAACCAGAUGUUGCUGUGUACGAUGGGGCCUGGGUGGAAUGGUACAUGCGGGCACAGCCUGAAAAUAUUGUUUCUGAGGGAAAGGGGAAGACGGUGUAAUAAGCAGCUUCAUCUCCCAGCUGUGCAGAUAAUUUGCCUUGAAACAGGAUUUGGAAAAGAUGGGUUUAGCAUUCCUGGUUAAGUGUCUUGAGGUUAAGGUGUUGGGUAACAAGUAUGGGCACAUGGGCACUUUCUCCUUAACCUACUGCUACUGCUUAGGACCAUAAAGAUGACCUGGGCAGCCAGUUCUAGGUGACCCUGCUUGAGCAGGUGGGGUGAACCAGAUGUUCUCCCAAAGUCACUUCCAACCUCAGCUGUUCUAUGAUUCUGUGACCUCUUUACUGUAUCAGAUGGAAGGGAGGAGAGUGCUAGUGGCAGCAUGGGGAAGUAAUUGAGUCAAGCUAAGCUCAUGAUUCAGGAUGUUCCAGCACGUUCACUUACAGGAUGGUCAUACUUGUAUAACUGUGCCUCAUGAUCCUGCUAGCUGCCUCUGUCCUAGAAGCCUUACAAGCACUUUAUGGCUGUUUUGAGUGCAAAACUUUGGGGAAAGACACAGCUGUUAAAGGAGCAAAUAUGGCUCCCAGGUUGCCUCUUAGGUUAGAGACUCAGUUUGGAUUUCUUCUUGCAUUUGGACUCUAACUGCAAUGCAUACUUAGCCAGUUUUGUACACCAUAAUCCAAAAUGCCCCUUGGGGAAAAAAAAAAAGAUUCUGGGAUUAAAAAAGGGUAAAUAAACAUGUGUUUCAAGGUCUGUCUGCUGAAUGGAACUUAUGUGAGUGUUGCUUGGGUGAUUCCUUUUCAGGAACUCUCUUCCUAUGGGAUCACUUUGUCUUGAUGAUUUGAAUGAGAUGUUUUCUUCUCUCCAUGAGUAGAACUACGUCUCUUACCCUCAAAAGCUCUUUGGCCCAGGAAAGACUGGAAUGCUUCUCUCUUGGGACUUUUCACCAUCUUCCUCCUUUCAGUCCUUGUCCAUUUGCUUUUUGGCCUAAAACUCCAUGUUAGUCAGUCACAGCUCUGUUCUUCAAAGACUGGAUGUCAGCUCACAUGGUGAAAAUUGGACUGCAUGGGUUUUUCUGCUCUUUCCAUGAGAGUUACCAUGUAACCUUAAAAAACUUAGGGGAACUCAGAUCUACAGAGGAAUAGCCCACAAUGGCACAUAUUUUUCCCCAAGACCAUUGUCUUGUAUCUGAGAGUUGAAAUCCCCCUGGGUAUCCUUCACAAUGUUCAAGAAUUUGUUCUUUCUAGGAUUUUUUUCCUAUUAACAGAA